AUGGAAGUCGCCGAAGAGGGAGUCGAACUCGGGGACCACCACUGCGCGCCGGGCUGCAGAGACGCCCGAGGCGAGCAUGCGGCGAAGACGGCUCCGCAGAAGGGAUACUUCUCUGAGGUUCCCGCACCCAUUUUGGGGGCGGCUCUUGGCUCGAUGACCUUCGGCCCGACGUGGAAGUUGUUUUUGCUUGCAGCCGAAGUGGACGCACCUCCGUAUGUGGGGGCACUGACGGCCUUUUUCUCCUGCCUGUCUGGCCUCUUCAUCUGCACCUACGCCAUGACCAUCCUCUUCUCCUUCCGGACGUUUCUGGAGCACGCCGGCCAGGUGGCCGGCCUCAGUAGCAUCUCGGCCGGCUCAAUGGCCAUCAUCAACUCUGGCCCUCUUGUGGCCGAGAAUGUGAGCCAGAAUUUCGGGGAGGCCCUCUGGACCAUGGGGCUGGUCCUCCAUCUCCUCAGUACCGUGGCCCUGCUUGUGUUCAGGCUGCGGCACCGCGGGAAGGAAGGCUUCAAGGAUGUCUUCAUUCCACCGCUCUUUGUGAGUACUGUGGGCAUCGGUGCGGCCGCGGCCACAUCCACAGGGGUGGGGAGUUCCCGUUGGUUGGCAGUCGCUUCAUUUUGGGCGGCCCUGGUCUGGUGCACCUUGCUCAUGCCCCUCGUGCUGUACCGUCUCUUCAAGCAUGGUCUGCCCUCUCCUGUGAUGGUUCCUGGGUGGAUGAUUCUGAUGGCGCCAAUCUACUUGUGUCUGGCAGGGCAGCUGGUGGUGUAUCCGGGGGAAUUCGGUUGGCUGGACCACAUUCUGCUUGGGGCAGGGGUCGCUGUGGCGAUCCCCUGCCAGUACAUCAUCGUGAAGACACUGGAGGGCCGGAAGUUCUUUCCAACCUGUGCUGCCUUUACCUUCCCUCAGAACAUCGGUGUGGUGGCCCUCAGCAGGUUCUACCUGGCGCACGGCUACCCCUUUGCCCUGGUUCUCGCCGGCCUGUCCAUGGCAAUGGCGACUCUACUCAACCUCCCGGUGUUUGGCUGGUUCUUCGUCCAGAUUGGCACCCGCAAGCUCUUUGUCCGAACGCCCACGAAGCCCCUGACCCCGGAGUGCAUCUGA